AGAUAGAGAAUGGGGAAAACAUCAUUUCUCUUACCAAUAACUCUGUUACUGUUAGUUCUGAAUCGGCAGAGCACGCGAGCAGAUGCCAAGAAGAAGGUUCAUAUAGUGUAUCUGGGAGAGAGACGACAUGAUGAUCCUGAGUUUGUCACUGAAUCUCAUCAUCAGAUGCUAUGGUCAAUUCUUGGAAGCAAAGAGGAUGCGCAUGAUUCUAUGGUAUAUAGCUAUCGGCAUGGUUUCUCUGGUUUUGCUGCAAAGCUUACAGAUUUCCAAGCCGAACAAAUUUCAGGAUUACCGGAAGUGAUCCAUGUCAUGGCUGAUCGAUCCUACGAACUGGCAACAACUAGGAGUUGGGAUUACUUGGGCCUUUCUUCAGUGAACUCUAGUAACCUCUUACGUAACACCCACCUUGGUCAUCAAGUCAUCAUCGGUAUCGUUGACACAGGAGUGUGGCCAGAGUCUGAAAUGUUCAGUGACGAAGGGAUUGGACCGAUACCGAGCCGUUGGAAAGGAAAUUGCGAGUCGGGACAGCAAUUCAACGGCUCAGCUCAUUGCAACAGAAAGCUAAUAGGAGCAAAGUACUUCAUCGACGGCCUCCUCGCCGCCAUCGGAGACUUAAACACCACUCAAAAUCCCGAAUACGUUUCCCCGAGAGACUUUAACGGCCACGGAACUCACGUCUCGACCAUUGCAGCCGGCUCUUUCGUGGCUAACGUAAGCUAUGGAGGAUUCGGUAAAGGAACCGCGAGGGGAGGAGCUCCUCUUGCUCGUAUCGCAAUGUACAAAGCUUGUUGGCUUCAAGUAGGAACUUGUAUGGGAUCCGAUCUCUUGAAAGCGAUAGACGAAGCUAUACACGAUGGCGUGGACGUGAUAUCGAUAUCUGUCGCUUUCCCGAUCCCUCUGUUUUCUGAAAUCGAGAUCCGGGAUGGCAUUUCAGUUGGAUCUUUCCAUGCAGUUUCUAAGGGAAUUCUAGUUGUAUGUGCUGCUGGUAAUAAAGGUCCGGCGGCCCAGACCGUCGUGAACACGGCUCCUUGGGUCUUGACGGUGGCUGCAACCACUCUAGACCGAUCCUUUCCCACGUCCAUAACGCUAGGGAACAAUAUAACAAUGCAGGGUCAAGCGAUGUACGUCGGUCCAGAACUCGGUUUCACUGGUUUAGUUUAUCCCGAGAAUCCAGGAACCGGUGACGAGGAGUUUUCCGGUGACUGUGAGAGACUUUCUGUUAAUCCCAACUCGACUAUGGCCGGGAAAGUCGUGUUGUGUUUCACUGCGAAAACGGAUAACUCCCCAGUUGCAAGUGCUGUCUCCGCUGUAAGAAACGCUCGCGGUCUCGGAGUUAUCAUUGCCAGAAACCCGGGUCACUUGCUUGUUCCCUGUGGCGGUUUUCCAUGUAUCGCCGUAGAUUAUGAGCUCGGGACUGACAUUCUAUUCUACAUACGUUCAAAUAAAAUUCCCGUGGUGAAGAUAAUGCCUUCCCAAACACUCGUUGGACAACCUGUUUCCACAAAGGUCGCAACUUUCUCGUCGAGAGGACCUAACUCGAUAUCUCCAGCCAUUCUCAAGCCAGAUAUUUCAGCACCAGGAGUCAAUAUACUUGCAGCUACCUCUCCGGACGAUGGAGGAUUCGCUAUGAAGUCGGGAACAUCAAUGGCAACUCCUGUUGUGUCGGGAAUCGUAGCUCUACUCAGAGGAUUACAUCCUGAUUGGUCUCCCGCCGCAAUCCGAUCGGCUCUUGUCACUACAGCUUGGAAAACCGAUCCAUCUGGAGAACCGAUCUUCGCGGACGGAUCGAACCGAAAACUGGCCGACCCGUUCGACUAUGGAGGAGGCCUUGUCAAUCCAGAGAAAGCCACAGAUCCUGGUCUGGUAUACGACAUGGGCACAUCUGAUUAUAUCCUCUACAUGUGCUCUGCUGGUUAUGCCGAUUCCUCCAUCUCACAACUCAUCGGAAAACCAACUUCUUGUCCGAACCCGAAGCCAUCCAUUCUCGAUCUGAACUUACCUUCGAUCACGAUCCCGAAUCUGAGAGACGAAGUCACUCUGACACGAACCGUCACUAACGUUGGACCUCGCGACUCGGUCUAUAAGGUCGUGAUGGAGCCUCCGUCGGGCGUUCGAGUGGACGUGAAUCCGAAAACGUUAGUGUUUAACUCUGAAACCAAAAGGGUUUCAUUCACGGUCCGGGUCACGACCGCACACAAAGUGAACAGUGGGUUCUACUUCGGGAGAUUGACUUGGACGGACUCGGUUCGUGAAGUGACCAUUCCUGUCUCCGUCAGAACUCAGAUUCUACAACGAUACUACGACGAUAACUGAUGGAUUGAAUCUGUCCGUACAGAGCAUGUGGCUAUCUAAUGGUUUAUUAGAUGAAGAAAUGAAUUAACAUAUUGUUUCAAGACGAUCGGAGACGAUGGAUGAACGUGCUGGACCAUUUUAAUGGGCUUAUCACCUCUGUAUUGGGCUUUAUGAAGUAUGCUUAAUGGGCUUCAUAAUUAUGUAAUGGGCUUUGAUAUCCAACAAAUAUCUGAACCAUAGUAACCUUGUGACUAUGCAUCACCCUUUUGAAAUCUCCUCUUUA